UCUGUGAUUAUUUUUAUCGCCAAUUUUUAUUUUGUGUUAAAUUUUUUUUUUUUUUUUAUGCUUUUUGCACACAACAAAGUUUAUGAUUUAUUAUUUUAUUAUUGUAUUUUGCAACUCUUGAAGAUUGUCAUCUUUAAAAUAAAUGAAAAAUGGACUUGAGUCGAGAAUUUUCAGUUUUUUACUUAGUUAAAGACAGUUCAGUUGAGGUUGGUCGAACUGAGUGGAUUGAUGCUACUCUAACUAAUGGAGAAAAUGUGAUUGUAAAAUGGCCAUCUCAUCUCAAUAAUGCUCUGUUGCAUAAAGAGAUUUCAAAUUCUGUAAACACGUGGCAAUCGUUUGAGGCAAAAGUUUUGAAGGCAGGUGAUGACUUUGAAGAGUUAAAAAAAUACGUAAACACAUUCGUAAAAUCACCUAUGACAAAUAGAAAAGCUGUAUCAGUUUUGCAACCACUUCAGAAAGUAAAGACAAAAGCUUAUAGAACAAACAAACGACUACACGUUGAGGAAAAAGAUGAAGAGGAUUUCAAAAAUGUGAUUCAAAACAUGCAUGCAGAAAAAGUAGCUAAACUGGAAGCUGAAAUUGAAUUGCUUCAAAGAGAAAAUAAUGUCUUAAGGGAAAAACUACAAAAAAAAGAUGCUGGAAUUAUUCAGGCGUUAAACUUGCUAGAAAAUUCAGCCACAGAAUUGUCAAAUACACUUUAUCACCAGCCAACUAUUCUUUCAUCUGUUUUACCUUCUCAUCAUAAUCCAAAAUAUUUAAACUCGCAUGCUUCCAGCCAGCCUGCAAAACAGACAAACGAACCUUCUGAUUCAUCAGCAUGCCAUUUAACUCCAUCUUCUUUAUCAAUUUUAUGUGAUACGACUUGUUCUUUGUCUGUUCCAAAGUGGAAAAUACCAACAUAUCCGGAUGGCUCAAGUAGAAUGCAGUUGAUUUCUGGCUACAAUGUUUUCAUUGAUCAUGUCAAGUAUUAUGCAUGUAACAAGAAACGUGGAACAAAUAAAUUUGUUAGUGAUCUGCUGUUAGCAUUAGUUGGAGAUAGAGGUUAUCUCAGCAAAGUUAGUGUCUCUGGAAAAAAUAGUAAUGCUCACGCCAACAAAGUAGCAAAACCAAAGAUUUGUGAAGAUCUUUUAGAUGCUGUUAUCGCUUGUGUUUCACAAUUAAUGAACGUUUCUUCAAAAGAAGUGCGUACAGCCAUUAAAUCGAGACUUAAUAUUGCUUCUAAACUUGAAAAAGAAAAAAAUCGAACUUCUUAAUAUUGGUUUAACACUUAAAGAAGAAAAAUUUCAAACCUCUUAAUAUUGAUUCGAAACCUAAAAAAGAAAAAAAAUCGGUUUUCCUUGUAUUGCUAUGAAACUUGAAAAAGAAAAAAUUUGAACAACCUUAUAUUGCUUCGAAACUUGAAGAAGAAAAAAUUUGAACAACUUAAUAUUGCUUCAAAACUUAAUGAAGAAAAAAUUCGAACUUCCUAAUUUUGCUCCGAAACUUGAAAAAGUAAAAAUUCGAAUUACUUAAUGUUCGAAGCUUCAAAACU